UCAAUUCCUUUAUUGUUGUCUUCAAUUAACGCUAAACAAAUUUUUUGCUUCCGUAUCUACUGCUUUUAAACAUUCACAAAAAAUAGGAAGGGAAACAGUCGUGAACGUAUAAAAGUGCGUAAUUGUGAUCGGAUUGACUUUAGUGAAGUACUGGAGCCAGGAAGCAUCUAAUUAAUUGUCCAAGUGCCGUCAUUUUCUGUGAUGUAAAGUUUUGCUGUGAAAUUUAAGAGCUGAUUGUCGGAGAAGAAGGUUCUUCACAUUUAAAUGUUUGGUCACUCCUUGUAGAGCUUAGAAAUGAAACAUACGAGUGUUUUGAUAACAAUCUGUAGUGCGGUUAUUAUUUGCGCUAAUGCAGGAGAAGUGCUUAGUGAAAAAAUACCAAUAGUUUUAUGGCAUGGCAUGGGGGACACUUGCUGUUUUCCGUUUAGUUUAGGCGGUGUUACAAAGUUUUUGGAAUCGGAAAUCGGUGUUUACGUGAAGUCAAUUGAAAUUGGUAACUCCAUUGCUGAAGAUUUUAAGAGCGGUUAUUUAAUUCAUCCCAAUCAGCAGAUAGAAAUGGUUUGUGCAGAGCUGAGCAAAGAUGCAAAAUUGAAUAAUGGGUUUAAUGCCAUAGGAUUUUCUCAGGGAGGUCAGUUCUUGCGGGGACUUGUGCAGAGAUGUUCGACUGUACGCAUCAGAAAUUUGAUUACAUUGGGUGGCCAACAUCAAGGUGUGUUUGGAUUGCCAAACUGUCCCUCAUUAAGCAGUCGAACUUGUGAGCGAUUUAGGCAACUAUUAAAUCACGCCGCUUACACGGAUUUCAUGCAGAAUUUUCUGGUUCAGGCAACCUAUUGGCACGAUCCGCUCAAUGAAGCGAAAUAUACAAACUCUAGUACAUUUUUAGCGGAUAUUAAUAACGAACGAAGCAUCAACGAGAGCUACAUACAAAAUUUACAGAAACUAAACAAAUUUGUCAUGGUUCAGUUUAACAAAGACACGAUUGUGCAACCAUUAGUAUCGCAAUGGUUUGGUUAUUACAAACCAGGACAGGAUAAGGAAACUCAGCAACUUAAGGACACUCGCCUAUUCAUCGAGGAUCGCCUCGGUCUAAAAAAGAUGAAUGAAAAAAACCAAAUUGUGUUUCUUGAAUGCGAAGGAAACCAUCUUCAGUUCACAAAGGAAUGGUUCAGAGCCCAGCUGUUUAUUUAUUUGAUGUAGAUGACCAACAUGUCGGGGUGGUCCGGUGGUGUAUGUGAUAAACGGCGCCGGUCCACACGGCAGGACCGAGUUCAAAUUUCAUCCGGACCGUCCCCCGGUAGCAAGGACUGACUAUCCGGCUACGUGGUAAUAUAAGUCUCGUAAGCCAGAAAUGGCCGGCAUGACCUCAAAGGUCGUUACGCCAAGAAAGAGAAGAAGACCAACAUGUAAUUUUUGUAUUGAACCAAAUGUAAAAUCAAGGACGAUGUAAUAUAACCAUAGAAUUAUAGUUCAUGUUAAAA